AUGUAUAUUUACCUCUUUCUCUUGAAUUUUCAACGUAAGUAUUCUUAUUCUUUACAAGCAAAGAAGAAACUUUCUUUAAUUUUUUUGUGCGUGAUUUUUGGCAUUGUGUUAAUAGAUUUGUGUCAAAAGUCUAUUAGUGCUGUAACUAUCUAUGUUAUUACUCCCACCUUUUACCGGAUUUCCCAAAAGCCCGAUCUUGUUCGUCUCUGCAAUACGUUUAAACUGGUCGAUAACAUGCACUGGAUUGUAGUUGAAGACUCUUUAGUGAGGACAGCUGUACCAUCCACUCAUCUUAAUGCUGCAUCUCCAAAGGAUAGAAAAAAAUAUCAUAUUAAAGGAAGCAAUCAAAGAAACGCUGGCAUAGAGUGGUUGCGUAAACACCGUGUCAGUAGAUACCACAAAGGUGUUGUAUAUUUUGCUGAUGACGACAACACUUAUGAUCCCCGGCUUUUUAACGAAAUGCGAACUCUAAAUAUGGGUGCCACCUGGCCGGUGGGUAUUGUGGGUGGCAGCAGUUGGGAGGCACCUGACGACCCUAAUCGCAUAAUAGGAUUUUGGACGGGCUACAAGCCCUUUCGGAGGUUUCCAAUCGACAUGGCUGCUUUUGCAAUCAAUCUCGAUCUCCUCUUCAUUUAUCCAAAUGCGUCGUUUGAUUAUAAACACGUGGAACAACAAGAAGGGGCGCUGCUUUCACAGCUUGGAUUCAAAUCGGCUAUGGACUUGGAGCCUCGAGCGGAGGGAUGUUCAAAGGUUGGUUUUAGAAGGAUUUUUUCAAGGGGAGCUCAUUUUUUGCCAUCAUGCGAACUGUUUUCAUGA